AUGGAUAAAGUGAAUGAGCAGUUGAAUGGAUUGAAAAAUAGAAUUCCUGUUGUAGUUGACGAAUUUCAACAUUAUGUUGAACUUAUAAAGGAUCAGAUUCCAACCAAUUAUGAAGAAUUACAACCUCAUAUUGAUUAUAUCAAAUCUAUUACUAAAGAUGAUGUUAUAAAUGAUUUUAAAGAAUUGAAAGUAUCACCAAUUACCAUUUCAUUAACGUUGGUAGCUUUAACUACUUUAUUAAUCUUUGGUAAGAUUUUCCUGAGUGGUGGUUCUUCCACUACUUCAAGUUCUGAUAAGAAAUCAACCAAAUCAAAGAAACCAAAGAAGAAACUUAGUAAAGCUCAAAAGGCAAAUAAAAGUAUUCAAGCUAUUUUAGAUUUUGUUGAAUCAGAAUAUGUUCCUCAAAUUGAUAAAUACAUAGAUAAUUACAAAAGUUUAAAGUCAGAUGAAGCUGAAUAUAAAUAUAAUUACUUUGAAGAAAUGUUAUUAAAAGAAUUAAUGAAAUUAGAUGGAAUUGAUGUAUCUAGUAAUGAUAUCUUGAGAGAAAAUAGAAGGAAAGUUGUUAAGUUUAUUCAAGAUCAUCAAAAGAGAUUAGAUAAACUUAAAAAGGAAUUUAAAUAA